CAAAAGCGGAUGACUCAUCUCCAUUUUAAAGGAGAUUGUUAUUCCCUCCUUUCCUGACAGAUUGCUAGAUUUUAGGAGAGUGAUCAUCACUUGAAAGCUACUGAAAAAUUAAGGAUCUCAUCUAAGGACCCAAGAUCCGUACUUCGAUGUUUGUCGAAACCUUAUAACCCAGUUAGUUUCGCCCCACACUAAAGUGUAUAUCAAAAUGGAUCACGUCAGCCAUUAGAUUAUGUUAAGAAAUAUCAGCCCGCUGUAACAUUCCGUCAGUGAGUGCUAUAGCUCCAAACUGGGCUUUUUACAAAGGAGCUUCAAAGGAAAUCAUUAUGGAGGCAGCGGACAGGAGGAAUCGGACUACCUUCAUUCGGCAUUAUUUGCGGCGUCUGGACCAUUAUAGGUCACAGAUUGGAAGGGCAGUGCUUGAAGUGGGAGAUAUGGUGGAUACUAACACACCCUCCUCCGAACGCCAAUUUCUAACGUGGGAAGCCGAUGCAUUGCUGCUUCACUCCUCCAUGACGAGAAACAAACCUGUUUUACCUAUAGCCUUAGAAAGGAAUCGUCCAUUUAAUGCCAUGAAGGAACUCGUCCAGAUAAGGGUUUUUACGCAUGCAUCAGGACAUUCCCUCCUGAAUGAGAUCGCCCAAUAUUUGACCACACGACACCACCUGCAGCUUCUGACCUGUUACGUAAUUCGACCUCCUAUUUCUUGCGGACUGGUUCAUUGUUUACAAUUUGUAAACUUUUGUACGUUAUAUUUACAUUACUUUCUUUCGUUUGUUGAAAGGGACGUGGCAAUCGAGUCGUGCCCCUCUGUACAAUAAAUUCUAUACAAACGAAA